GCAGGCAGGGAAGGACUUUCCCUUUGGAGCAGGGACACUUGCCUGGAGUCUGGACCGGGUUCUGAGCCCUGGUUCUGCCAUGAACAGAUGUGUCCUUGGGCAGGACACUUAACUUCUCUGCCUGCCACUCUGUCCUCAGUGAUUCAGCAGUUAUUUGAGCUUCCUCUCCUAGGCCCUGUUUUAAGAUCUGGGAGUACAGAAUGAAAGGACAAGGUCCCAGUCCGCUAGGGACUCACACUCUGUGGGAGAAGACAGACAGAAUCCACGAGAGCCAGGCAGAGCCACUGUGGCAGACUGUGUUCUAUGCUGGGAAGGACAGGGAUGGGAUACUAUGAAGAAGAGUCCCUUUAGGCGGGGUCAUAAUAGUGAGCAUUCAUUAGCCCUGGCAGAUACUUGGCUGAGUACGUAGGAAGCCUGGAUGUGCCGAGACCUAACAGCAGGGUGGAAAUUGUGGCUGCCAUGCGCCGGAUACGGUAUGAGUUUAAAGCCAAAAACAUCAAAAAGAAGAAAGUGAGCAUUAUGGUUUCAGUGGAUGGAGUGAAAGUGAUUCUGAAGAAGAAGAAAAAGCUUCUUUUAUUGCAGAAAAAGGAGUGGACAUGGGAUGAGAGCAAGAUGCUGGUGAUGCAAGACCCCAUCUACAGGAUCUUCUAUGUCUCUCAUGAUUCUCAAGACUUGAAGAUCUUCAGCUAUAUCGCUCGAGAUGGUGCCAGCAAUAUCUUCAGAUGUAAUGUUUUUAAAUCCAAGAAAAAGAGCCAAGCUAUGCGAAUCGUGCGAACAGUGGGGCAGGCCUUUGAGGUCUGCCACAAGCUGAGCCUACAGCACACACAGCAGAAUGCAGAUGGCCAGGAAGAUGGGGAGAGCGAGAGGAACAGCAAUAGCUCAGGGGACCCCGGCAGGGACCCAGGUUGCCAGCUCACUGGAGCCGAGAGGGCCUCCACAGCUGCCGCGCAGGAGACUGACAUCGACGCAGUAGAGGUCCCACUCCCAGGGAACGAGGUCCUGGAAUUCAGCCGAGGAGUGACGGACCUGGAUGCUGUAGGGAAGGAAGGAGGCUCCCGCUCAGACUCCAAGGUCUCCCCCCACCCUCAGGACCCCAUGCUGACAGCCUCACCCCGAAUGCUGCUGCCUUCCUCCGCCUCGAAGCCUCCAGGCCUGGGCACCGGGACUCCAUUGUCCACCCACCACCAGAUGCAGCUCCUCCAGCAGCUCCUCCAGCAGCAGCAGCAGCAGACACAAGUGGCUGUGGCCCAGCCUGGCCCUGCCCCCGCUUCUGAUGGAGGAGCUGGAGUCCAGGUUCACUUGCUGAAGGACCAAUUGGCUGCUGAGGCUGCAGCACGGCUGGAGGCCCAGGCUCGUGUGCACCAGCUCCUGCUGCAGAACAAGGACAUGCUCCAGCACAUCUCCCUGCUGGUCAAGCAGGUUCAGGAGCUGGAGCUGAAGCUGUCAGGACAGAAUGCCAUGGGCUCGCAGGACAGCUUGCUGGAGAUCACCUUCCGCUCGGGAGCCCUGCCGGUGCUCUGUGACCCCACAACCCCUAAGCCGCAAGACCUGCACUCGCCGCAGCCGCUGGGCGCGGGCUUGGCUGACUUUGCGCCCCCUGCGGGCAGCCCCUUAGUUGACCACAGCAUGUUUGAGAAUUUGAACACAGCCCUCACUCCAAAGCUCCAGACAAGCCGGUCCUUCCCCCACUUGUCCAGGCCUACAGCCCCAAACUCUGCCACCCUGAGCUCUGCAGAACCUGGUGGGCCAGGACUGAGAAUGGGCAGCAGCCAGCACCUCAAGAACCUGGGCAAAGCCAUGGGGGCCAAAGUCAAUGACCUCUUGCGUAGAAAGGAGCCCUCAAACAUGGGCAACGUGGUUGUGAUGGAGAUCAACAAGACUGCAGGAGCCCAGUUGGCUGGUGGGACCAAUGUGGCAUCGGGGGCCAGCCUGGAGGAUGAAAGGUCGCCGUCAGAAGCCUUCCCUCGGCUGGAUCCUCCACCUCCCGUUACCAAGAAGCGAACCCCUCGAGCCCUGAAGACCACCCAGGACAUGCUGAUUUCUUCGCAGCCUGUCCUAAGCAGCCUGGAGUAUGGGACUGAGAUGUCCCCUGGGCAGCCCCAGGACUCUCCUCCCACUGCCCAGCCUGUCUCAGCAGAUGCUUCACCACCGGAGGCCAUCGUGGAAAUGGGAAAUAGGGGUGAAACCCUGGCCAAUGGAGAGGUAUCCCUGUCCAUACCUGACCUGAUCCACAAGGACAGCCAAGAUGAGUCCAAACUAAAGGCGACUGAGCAGAGAAGAGCCUCAUCCCCUGGCCUCACGGAGAGGAAUGGCCUCACACUCAGCCUGAGCCCCAUCAGCCUGGAUGAGUCCUGGGAACACGGCAACCCCCAUCCUCGAGCACGGACCUCCAGCGUUGAUAAUGAGGGCCCUCACCCAGACCUGCUGUCCUUUGAGUAGACCCUCUUCUACUCCCUGCCAAGCAUAUCUCUUCCUCCUGCUUUCUCCUCCACUGUGCACAUGGGCCCUUGCCCCAGCUCCACUACGCCCUUUGUCUUCCUUGCACAAGAUUCAGCAGGGAGCCAACUGCACACAUGGAGUCAGGAGUCCUCAAGUCAUCCCAGUUAAGGAAUCUUUCUGAAGAAUGGCAAAAGAACUUGGGUGCCAUCCCUGAUCCUAAUUUCCUAUAAGCUCCCUGGGUGUUAGCUGCAGCCUUUGGAUCCUGGAGGUUGUCCUAGCUCCCCACGGGAUUGCAGGGUCACCAGCCCAGGAUGAUAGAUCUUGCAGGGAUCCUUUUUCCCAUCUCCUAUAUGCUGUCUGCUCUUCCUCUCUCCCAUUUCCUGGUUCCUUCUCUCUCCAGAGAGAGAGGCCCUCUGCCUCGGGGAGAACAAGGCUGGGUAAGGAAUGAUGGUUUGGCUUGAUGGGGCCUGGCCUAGAAAGCCACACACCCUGACCACAGCCCAGCCAUGACUCCCCCUGCUCUCAAGACAGUGUGGGUCCCUGGUUACCAUCUUUCCUGUGCUCCUGGGGCGGGGCCAGAUGAGGCGCUUACCGGGCCUGAGACCUUGUAGGGUUACCCCAGGAUUGAACCCUGUUGCCUAGGGUUAUCAAAAGUUUUCCCCAUUCAGUCAGAUAUUAGAAUAUAGAGUGAAGUCCUUGCCUGUCUUGGAGAAGCACUUGGGAAAGAGUUGUGUCUGAGCUGGGGCUCCAUGCACAGAAAGAUGAACAGGCUGUCUUUGCUGUGUAUAAAGACAGGGCAAGGCAGGCCAGCAGAAACAGCAGAGCAUGUUCUAGUUUUGUUCUGAGAGGAGAGCCCAGGAACUUGGGAGUAGGCCUAAGAGGACCAAGAGAGGACAUGGUAGAGAAAAGAGUGAAGCCAGGACGUAGAAGGUGUCACUGGGGAUGAGAGAGGCUUUCCAUGGUCACCCCCAGCCCAGAAUGAGGCCGUGCAGAGCUUGGGUAAGUGCAAGAGCCAGGGUGAAGCAUGUGAGAGAUUGGGAUGUGAUGAGAACUGUGAUGUUAAACUGCUUUUAAUCCAGUGGCAGGUGCUCUAGGGCUUGUGCUAAAGUUGUUGAGUCCCCUACAGUGGUGGGCACCCCUGGAGGGGACUCUGCCUUGUACCUCCCUUAUCCUGAUGCCCAUGGUCCUCCUCUGUGCCUGCUUUCAGUACCUGGGUAAGGGGCUAACAGGGUUCAUCCAACCUUACUUAGCUGGUUCCUAUCCUCCUGGGUUAACCUUUGUGUUCCUGUCUCCACCAGGGGGCAUAUCAUGUUGUCUUCCUGUGGCCAGGAGAUGCCGAAGUGAUCCCAGCCAAGCGGGCUUUUGAGGAAGAGGAGAAUAUCUCUUUCUUGAACAAAGUGGCCAGUGCUCAGGAGAAGGCUGGGACUGGCACAGCUGCCCAGGUCAGGCUCUUCCAGCAGUCCUCCUCCUGUGAUUCCUGCAGUCCCAUAUCUAUUCAUUGUGUGGCUUUCCACCCAUGAGCUGUGGGACACCCAGGACUCACUUCCCAAUUCAGCACUGAGCUUCUGCUUCCCUUCCUUCUACCUCUGCCAUACAGAACAUCCAUGCCAACUCCUCCAGAACUGGGAGCCUCAGCGGGAUCACUGGGAUGUGGGUACCUUCCUGCAUUCUUGCUUCUGCAGCUGUGUGACCUCGGCUUCACCCUCCUACCCCCUACUCUUCUCGCCCCAGCAGGUAGGGGUGUGCCACAUACUCCCUGCAAAGUCCUGUCCUUUCCCCACUCACGACGGUCCAUGCAGCCAGGCACCUACAGGCCCUGGUGGAGUGAGCGGGGCUGAGAGCACAUGGGUACAUCCUGCCUUACUCCAAGAACAUCCUAAGCAUAUGAUAUCUGGCCAUGAGGUUGUAGAGAAGUUCUUAGGACUAGCGUUUGGGGUUCUGUGAGGUUUCCUGGAACAGUUUGGGGCUUUACCCAAAAUAGAAUUGGGGAUAUAGGGGCAGAGACAUUAAACAAGCAUCAGGGAACAAGCCCAGUUUCACUUAAUCUCUGUACCAAAUGCUUGGUUUGCUCCUCAUAUGGGAAACUACAGGUCUUUGACCUUGGGCUGAUCCUCCCCGAAGACCAGGUGAUAUGGUAGCCAGAGGGUUGUUAGUGCUGGCUCCAGCUUGCUAAAUGGCUGUCUCCAUGCCACAGCCAGCCUGCUCCUAGAGUGCCGGCCCUCAGGCCCAGAUUAGCCAAAGCAUCUCAUCAGGUUGUCCCAGGAUCAUUGCUAGGUUUACCCAGAGUUCUUCAGACUCAUGUCUGAACUGAGUAAGGUACACAAGCCCGUGUGCCAGCCUCUAACUGCUUAUAGCUUGGCCAUCCACCUGCUGUGUGGGUGACACUGCUGCCUUGGGAGACCCUCUAACACUGAGCCUGGUCUUAGAUGCUGCAUAUGUUACCUGGUUCUAGGGAAUAAGUGUCCAGGGCACAGUGGGAACAAUUUCUACAAAUUCUGCUGAGUACCUCAGCUCAGACCAAUUCUUCCAUCCAAAGCCCAAGAGGAGCUGUGUCUGAUUUUCUUGUGGUUACUGCAUGGCCACCCCGCUCCACACAUCCUGCAUAGCAAGGCCAGCUUCCUUUGAGAGCCUGGCCUUUGGGUAGCUCUGUCCACAGGAGGCCAAGGUAAUGAGGAAUGAAGAGUCCAUCAUCUAUGUCCACAGAAGGAAGUUGAAGCCUUGGAGUCUCUUCUUUCCCCUUACUCCUCAAGCUCACCAUGAGUCCUUACUCAUCCCAUAGCUCUACCCUGAUAGGUUACAAGGUGAGCUUCCAGAACCUGGCAGGAGUAUGGUUGCCCCUCACCCCUGAACAGAGAAACAUAUCUGAGCGUUCUCUGUGUGGGUGAUAGGAAGAAAGGUGUUUGCAAUUCACUGGCUUUUAGAGAACAAAUUUGGCCCCAGGUUGGAAGAGGAAGAAGUUAACAGAUUUAUUCUGAGUAUUUUUUAGAGAUUUCAUAUUUAUAUUUUUAGAGAUUUUUCUGGUAGAAGGAAAUUGCACAAUAAAAUGAUUUGGUUUGGU